AUGUCUCUCAAGGCUGAGCUCGAGACAUGGGCCGCAGCCCUCAAGGCCUACGACGAGGAAGCUUUUGAGAGGAGCAUCGAGAUCUUCUCAACCAUAGCCGACUCCUCCAAGAUCCUCACCAACAUCGGUCUCAUCUAUGCUACACUCGGCGAACACGAGCUCGCAGUGGAGCAGUUCACCGCUGCUGUUCAGCUCGACCAGUAUCUUGCUAUUGCCUAUUUCCAGUGUGGCGUCUCUAACUUUCUCCUCAACCGCUUUGACGCUGCUAUUCGAGACUUCGACGAUGCACUCAUCUAUCUGCGCGGUAAUCAAGACAUAAACUAUGACCAGAUUGGUCUCAAGUUCCAGCUUUGGUCAGCUGAGAUUCUCUUCAAUCGCGGUCUCUCCCGCAUCUACAAGGGAUUUGUCGUCGAGGGUCUCGCCGACAUGGAGGAAGCUCGCAGGGAGAAGAUCACACGAGAGCACAACGUUAUAGAUGAGGCUAUUGCAGAGCGUGGUCAGGGUUACACAGUCUUCAGUAUUCCCGUCGGUGUACUCUACCGCCCUUCUGAGAGCAAGCUCAAGAACGCAAAGGCCAAGGAUUACCUAGGAAAGGCUAAACUCGUAGCUACUUCAGACGAAAGCGAUGCAUACACCGAGUUUACAGGCGUCGCGCGCCUGAGGCAAGGAAUCUCUCCCACGGGUGCCGCGAUCGACGGUGCUAUGCUCUCUCGAGCCACUACGGUUGCCAAUCCUACUGCGUCUAGAAUGAGAGAUGAUGACGGCGCGAGGGCCGUUCCCCUUCAACGGUCUAAAACGACGAUCAAUGUUGCCACUAAUUACGCUGACCGUACUCGUGCUGCGACAUCCCGCCCUUCCUCUCCUGCAAAAGUAUCUCCUGUGAGACGCACCCUUACACCGCCACCUGCGCCGUCUGGUGCUCUUGCCCGUAGCAUGACGUCCGGUGCUCGUGCGGUGCCACCUUCUUUGAGUGGACUUGGUCCUGGCGUCACGCGUGGGCUCAGCAUCCGCAAGCCCGGCACACCUCCUUACGCGUCACCCGCUCCUCCCUCUGCCACUGUUGUGUCUCCUGCUCCCGUUGCACCAGCAUCGACGCUUCCUGCGUCCGGAGCCUUCAUACCAGACAGAAACAAGCGUCUUCCACCGCGCACAACGCUGGUGACAGACUUCUACGAUGAGUAUCUGUCUACGUACGGCCAAGAUACACAGCCCAUGUCUGCUCCGGCUAUGCCAACGGCCGCUAUGCAGCGCUCGCGCAGCACAUAUCAGAGCGCGAGUUCCGGUGCUGGCGCGGGCUCUGAUGGCAGCAUGCGCAGACGCCCUACACGGCGCGGUACGACCCGAUCUAGGCCGGAUACGCGGCACGAUUAUGAGGAGGACGAGGAGGGAUACGCGAGUGGUGACUAUGAUGAUCUCGCUGGGGAUGUGAUUAAGAUUCGAGUGAAGCUGCAUUACCAAGAAGAUGUUCGCGGGAUGACCUUCAUGUCAGACAUGCCCUGGAAGGAGUUCCUCGCGCGCGUAACCGGUAAGUUCGGUCGCGAGCUUGACGGGCUCGGCAUGCAGUUCCGCGACGAAGACGGCGAGAAGGUGUCUCUACGCGACGAGAUGGACUAUGAGCUCGCCAUCGAGACCGCUCGGGAGGCCGCGCGGGGCAAGGAGAAAUCUGAGGGGAGGUUGGAGAUUUGGUGCGUCGCUGAGUAA